CCAGUGCGUCACGGCGAGCACGGGUACGGGGUACCUUCAGGAGUUCAGGUUCAAUCGACACCGCGACAUGCCGACAUCGCGCCACUUCUGAAUUCUGGUGUGCGCGCGCGGCCGGAAACGAGCUGCCAAUCUGCCAUCGGCAUCCUGAAGUCGGGACCCCACCCGCACGCCACAGACUCGCACACACGCUGACACUAGGCACUGCUCCAGGGAGGGGAUCCAUCCACCUUUCACGCGAGUUCUUCCUUCUCAGGCGCGUGCGUCCGUGGCGGCGGCGGCGAUGGGCCCGGGCGGGAGCCGGGCGCGGCAGAACGCGAUGCGGUCGGGGGUGGUGGUGCUGGGCGCCGUGGCCUUCGGCUACCUCUCCUUCCGCGUCGGCUUCAAGCCCUACCUCGACCAGGCCCAGGAGGCCAUGAACUCCUCCCACGACCCCGCCGCCGCCGCCGCGGCGAGGGACGCAUCCGACGACCGCCCCGGGGACGGGGCCGACCUCGCGCCGUCCAAGGACCCGGCCGUCGUGCUCCGCGACUGAGGCGCGGGGUCGCGGGUGUUUUCUUGCGCGUUUGGUUGCGCCAUUUCGACGAACACCUUGUACGCAGACUUUGUUUCGACUGUUUGGUACCCUGGAAAGCUUCCCUUUGUCAAUUUAUGUGAGAUUUUUCUGUUUUGAACUGGUUUGUGCUUGAUGCCGAUAUAAAGCUUGCUGUUUGAUUGAUUCUGCA